GUUUCCUGUUCGCCAGUGUUGACUUCCGGGAAGAUGGCGGAGACCGGGGUGGCGGAGCGCUGUUACCGAAGUGCAAGGAAAACCUAGGUGUGACAUUACAGGACACAUGUCAGCUGUGUCUCCCCCGGACAGUGGACACUUGUGUAGUGGUGUUGGAGUCGGAGGUUUGGCGUUUGGUCCACGGAGCGCUUCCACACACACAGCUCCAGCCCCGGUGUGUGUUACUCCGACAGGCCGUGCUAGUGGAGCUCCUGACGCGGACAGAACAUCUCUCAGCCUGUCAGCUGUCCUCCAAACUUCUUCCCAUCCUACUCGUCUUUCUCUAGUCACUACACCAAUCACUACACCACCCGUCCCUCCGUGAGAGCUUUAUCAUGCGCGCUUUUAUUUCACCGCUUACUGUAAACACCUAGCUGCAGUUCAGUUUGUAUUUCCGGUUUGUUGGUAAACAGUGUCUCUCCGCGGCUGCAUGUAAUCUUGUAUCCCUGUCUUGUUGUGUCUCGGAUGGCUUCAGGCUCUGCACCCUUGCGCCUUGCUUUAAACUAAACAUGUAUCCAGUGUUGAUAUUUAGUGUUGAAUCACCCCAUAUACCAUGCUGGCACUGCCCUCUCGCCUUGGCCUCUUAACCUGCAGGAGAUUUUCCUUGCCUGCACAGCCUUCCCACCUUCUGGCUAAAGGUACACUUGCCAGCAUGUAUGCCACGCGCCUGUACAGCGGUGGAGGGGGCAAGCCUGGUCGCCGCGUUGGUUUGAUGGGUGGAGGGCAAGCCAUGCUGGAGAAUCAUCACCACCCUCUCGCCCCUCAUCACCCCCACAUCCCGCCUCCUCAGAGUUUCCCUCCUCCGCUCUACCAGGGCCGUGUAGAUGCCCACCGAACCUACUACCAGCCUCAUCAGCACUACCACACCCACCCGCAGGUCCCUCACCUCCCCCCUCCACACUACCAGCCUCACGCCCACAUGCACCACAGCAAAAAGAAGACCUGGAACUUCAUUCAUGAGAAGAUGAGCUACGACACCUUCUUCACCAUGAAGCGGCUGAUCGACCGCUCGCGCAGCGUGGACGAGGUGCUCCGCUGGGUCACGCAGAACCCGGGGAAGAUCUCGCACAACCACUACCCUAUCGCCUUACAGAAAAUCGGCCAGCUCCUGGCACUCCAGCAGGCUGGAGCGUUUGGCAGUGGAGGAGGGAGCCUGGUUAGCAGUGGUGUGGCUGCAGACGGAGCGCUGUCCUCAACUCCUGCUGUAGGAUCGGGUGAUGGUGCGACUCGACAGAUUCUGGAUCACCCAGACUUCCAGACUCUCUGUGACGCCAUUGUUAACGACUGCUCCAAGUUUGACAACUUUAGCAUCGUCAACUGUCUUUACGCCGUGGCCGCACUCGGGCUGCCCAGUGACUCUCGGAUAGUGCAGGUGCUGGAGGAAGAGUCGCAGGGCCGCCUUUCGCAGUUCAACCAGAAGGACAUCUCUAUGGUGUUCAGCAGCUGCAUGAAGCUGCACCCGUCCAGCCAGCACCCGCUCAUCGAGUCGUGUCUGGCAGGCUUGGAGAAGAACAUCGAGCGUGAGCGUCACCCACAGACGCUGUUCCUGCUGCUCUCUUACUACCGCACCAAGUGGCGUGCGCAGCAGGCGGCCGACGCUGCCUCGGCCGAGCAACUCGUGGUCGACCGCAAGAUCCUGCGCCUGGUCAAACACACGCUGGCCAGUGUCAGCUGCGUACGUGACCACGAGAUGACCUUACUGGAUGAGAUGCUGGCAGCGUGUGCCCGUGAGGCCAGCAACAAGAGCCUUGAGCUCAUCUUCGGCUCUCACCUCUUCUACCAGAACAGGCAGGAGAAGUUUGUGAGUAGCCUAGCUGAGGAGCUGCCUAAAAAGGUAGACAGUAUCACCCCUUACACCAUGGCACUUAUUGCUAAGUAUAUCGCACGCCAUCGUCUCAGAGAAACACAACUACUGGACACCAUCGCAGAAUUCCUGGUCAAGAAGGGCGAGUACUUAGACAGCAAGGUGAUCCAGAAGCUCGUGUUCCCUUUCAGUCGCAUGAGUUAUCGGCCUGCUAACGAGACUCAGUUCUUCUCUAAGCUGGAAAUGGUGCUGGAGAUGAAGGCUCUGAGCUCGCCGCUGGCCACCGUCAACAUCCUCAUGUCCCUCUUCCAACUGGGGCACUUUCCCAGCCUGGUGUUGCACCGGGUCUUCUCGCCCUCCUUUAUCAGCAACGUCACCAACAGUCCGUACGCUCUGAUCGUACGCCGCUAUCUGUCCCUGCUGGACGCCGCGGUGGAACUUGAGCACAGAGAGUACACAGGGCCUCGUCUGCAGGACUCGCACAAAGUGCUCAUGUUUGACCACGCACUCACCGCUGACGAGGUCAACCGCAAAUACAGUUAUAAAGGCCUUGUUGCCGAGGCCCUCAGGCAGCUGGUUGGAGAGCAUGGUUACAAGCAAGAUGAAGUUCUACCUCCAGGAUAUUACACGGAUUUUUUGCUGUGGAUAGACCACGCGGGCCACGUUCUUCCCAUCAGAGCAGGCUCGGCGGCGGUGUCAUUAACAGCGGACUCUUCUAUGUGCACGGUCGUGAACCCCAAAUCACAGGACGGCUCCACAUCCGUUGCUGCUCUGACUUCUGACUUCCAGAAGUUCUCUCCCUUCUCACCACCUUUAGAGGAGGGUAUCGACAAACAGCCAGAAAAUGAUUCCACCUUCCUGCCGCCCCACAUCCAGAGAGCGGGCACCAAUGGAGCGGUGCCACUGGAGUACAACACGUAUUACCAAGCUUCGGAUUACUACACCAGCCUGGCCAAGGAGCACUCUCUGGAGAGCCAGGACAGUUCAACGUUGAGCAGCCCAUCAGAGUGUCUGGCUCAAGCCGGGUCGGCUGUCCCCGGGGCCACUGCUCCACAGGACUCCCUCUUCCAGUUCUCUAUUGGAAAGAUACUGGAGGAUGAGAGUGGUGCGUCCAUCCAAGUGGGGGCCAAUUCGGGACCAGACUGCAGUAUCACACCUUUCUAUGAAGGCGUGACCUAUGAGGCAGGAGAUACCAACACGGUGACUGCUGUUCCACUCCAGCUGCACUCAGCAAAACCCUCGGAGUUGGACAGGACAACCGGGGAGCACGUUAAAAGGGUGAUCAUGUCGGUAAACGAUAAAUGGCACUACUGCCACAACUCGGAUGUGCUCGUGGGUUCCCGGGGCAUGAGAGACCGCCACCUGCAGCUGCUCGGCUACGUUAUACUACAGUUGCCAUAUCUGGAGUUGGAGAAGCUGAAUGGAAUUGAGGAAGUGAAGCAGUACCUGCACAAAAAGCUCCUGGAGGUUCCUUUAUGACGGUGGAAAAGCAGAGGCGUGUGUAUGUGUGUGUGUAAGCGUGUGUAUUAGUGUGUGUGUGUGUGUGUGUGAGCAUGUCUGCAAGCAUGUGCAACGAUAUGUUUAAACAUGCAUUGGUGUUUUAAGGAAGAAGGACUAUUGUGUGUGUGUGUGUGUGUGUGUGUGUGUGUGUGUGUGUGUGUGUGUGUGUGUGCGCGCACAGGAGGUGAACAGUCCUGUCUUUUAGGACAGCUUGUGGUAUCACUAAGCCAGUGGGUGGGUCUCUUAGUUCUUGACUUGGGGAAGGGUUGAUGACACCCCUCUGGGCAAAAUGUAAAAACACUGUUUCUGGAAACAAAUGUGACAGCCAGGGACUUCCUAGAACCUUCCGGAACGCCCACAAGCUGUACAACUACACAACCAGAUAGCCAGAGCGUGCUGAUUUUUCUGGUACGUAUUAGAAUUGAGUGCCGCUCGUAGAAGGAUACAAUCAGAUUUGGUAGAUGUGAAUGCCGGGAGUCAUGGGUUAACUCUACCCCUGCCGAACAGGUACUUAUUUAACAUUUUCGAAUCGGAAUUCUGUGUCCAAAAUGACUUCCGUUACUCUUUCCAGCUACAGUUUGGUCCAAAGGUCCGGCGCCACGUGGAAAAUCUCUCUUUAAAAACAGAAGGUUUGAGAUUUCCGAAAUGUAUCAAAGAAAGAAUAUCGAAUACGUGCGAUUCCGCACUAUUUCCAGGGCACUACUUAAACGGAAGCUAAUUUCGUGAUAAUGUGAUAAUGCCCGCGUGAAAUGCUUCGCACACACACGCUAAUCUCUUCUAUCGACGCGUGUGUUUCGGACGACCGAUCGGAUCUGAAGCGGAUCGUGAGGUUUUGCACAGACUCGUGUGGCGUCCAUGCCAGCUCGAGUGCACGCGGUCCUUAAAGGAAGCGUACCGAAUUCGAAGAAACUCUGAAAAUGUUUGAACGCUUCGACUUUUCACUCGAGUUGUUGUCAAGAUCAUCAUUUGUAAAGAAAACUGUUGCAUUAGAUUUGAAAAUAAUGCAAAAUACAAGCUUUUUCACAAGUGCUUAGACUUUGGACCCAACGGUACAUGAAAUCAUUCUGUUCAUAUAUAUAUAUAUAUAUAUAUAUAUAUAUAUAUAUAUAUAUAUAUAUAUAUAAUUUAUAUAGGCACAUGUGUUAAGCACAGCUGUAGUUCUCAGUGGGUAAGUGAGAGUGAUUCCUGGCUGUAUUUCAACCGUUACGUUCCACAGACACCGUAUUUCAGAGCUCAGCUCACCCCGGUAUAUUCGGACUAACCUUCCUACCCCUGCUUUAUAUCCAGGUUAUGCAUGUUAAUGGAGGACACACUCUCCCGCUUCCGUGAACUCAAGAUCGGGUUUUUAUAUUUUGUCCAGAUCGAGUGUCUGUCAGUAUUUUUGAUAUUUGAUUUGCUAACACGGUUUAGACACACUAUUACUCGUUUAUAAUCUCGUUCCCGCCGCUAAGAUCUCUGCAAGCGUUUUUUUUUUUUUUAUUUUUUUUUUUUUUUUUUUAUCUCCGUUGUUGAUGAUCUGUCUCUCGUCAGCGUUUUAAACCAUUCAAGAGGGCAGGUUUGAGGGAGGAGCCAUUUCGAAAUCCGCAGAGGAGUUUCAUGGAAGAAUGUGCGAAACUUCCAGAGUGCGAAACAUCUGUGCGAGUGUAAAUUUCAGAUGCCCGCCAUUAAAGACAGCCCGGGUCGUUUCACCUGAUCGGGCUGACCGUGUGCGACCACGGUCAUGAACCAAACGGGACAACGCGUCUUGUAAACCUCUGCAACGAUGGACACAAUGAACGUACGGUAACCGAUAGGAGUCGGUCGGGAUCGUGACGAAUGUAUAAAGAAGAUGGAUUCUAUCGAUAUAUUUUAUUUUCUCAGAGCAAAUGAUCUAUUUUGUCAUUUAAAGGAACGCAAAGCAACGCACUCAGUGGACUGCCGGAUUCGUGAGCCGAUUAAAGAAGUCGCGAUAUGUCCCCUUGUGAUGUUGGACUCAUUAGCAUAACCGUGUCCCAUCUUUCAAGUCUGUAUUUGAAAGGGAAGCAUGUCAGCUUUUGAGACGUUUUAUUUAAAAAAAAAAAAAAAUUGACAACCUUACCAUUAAAUUGGACAAAUAGAGCUGAUCGUUCUCCUCCAGUAUCACAAAUAACUCGGUGUGAUCAUGUUGAGCUGUAAACACAUAAUGAGGACUAUGACGUAUGUUUCUGUUUGGACAUUGUUAUGGUUUAGUGCACAUUUCGGUAAUAAUAAUAAUAAUAAUAAUUUUGAUGGCAGUAAUACGGAAGCCUUGUUUUGUGUAGUUCUCAUUGUGACACUAUCGCUGUGUGCGUUGGCUUUGCUCUGUUUGUUUUUUUGGAAGAGAAAUUAUUUAUUAUGGCAAGUGUUCCUCUGAAUGUAAGAAGACUCAGUGAGUGGAUGUCUGUGUGUUGGGUAAUAGGUGGGGAAACUUGGGAAUCAUUGUUUAUAUAUACAUAUUAAAAUGUCUAUAAAAUGAUUAUUUAAAAAAAAAAAAGAA